CUUAGUUCGUAGAUUCGCCAGUGCUGUUAUAUCUCGAUAUAAGCUUGUAAAAGAGGUUAUAAUAUAUUAUAGAGCCGAAUAGAGCUGAAUAGUACUUUGCGGCAUAGCGAAUUCUUAAAGUUUAAGAUUUAAAAGUGACAAUGGCAUUUGCAAGAUGUAUUGCAAAAUUUACAAAAAAUUAUUUUCUUCCUGAUAGCAGUAGAAGUAUCUCUAUUACUGCUACAAGAAAUAUCAAAGAAAUUCGAGAGGUAAAAGAAAACAACACCACAAUAAUAGAAGGCAUUGUGAAGCCACAUCCUAAAGAACAUUUGAUGUUGAAAAAUUGUGACAAUGGAGCAUGUCCACUUUGUUCUGCUGGUGUAAAUGUGAAGCACACUGAUGUUUUAAUUCUAAAACAAUUUGUUAGAAGUGAUGGUUGCAUGUUACCAAAAAGAAUUACUGGCCUGUGUAAUAUUCAACAAAAAAGAGUUGGAAUUAUGGUCACAAUGGCUCAUAGAGCAGGUUUGAUGGGCACUUUAAAACCUAAAAAUUGUAGAAUGGAUCCUAAAAAACGUCGUGAUUGGAGAAAAUAUAAUACUUACUAUGAUGAAACAACUAUCAAACAAAGUUAUUAUUAG